AUGUGCUACUACGGCAGCUACUAUGGAGGUCUGGGCUAUGGCUAUGGCUCUGGUUAUGGCUGUGGAUGUGGCUGCUUCCGUGGCCUCGGCUAUGGAGGUUAUGGCUGUGGAGGCUGUGGCUAUGGAGGGCUGAGGUAUGGAGGCUAUGGCUGUGGCUGUGGAGGUUGUGGCUAUGGAGGCUAUGGCUAUGGCUGCUGCCGUCCAUCUUGCUGUGGAAAGUAUUCUUCUUAUGGCUUCUACUGA